AUGAAAGGACUUCCAGGUGGGCCAAAGGGAGAAAAGGGAGAAAAGGGAAUGCAAGGGAUUCCCGGAUUAAACGGAUUGGCAGGCAUGAAAGGAAUGAAAGGAAACAUGGGUAUGAAGGGAAACAUGGGCAUGAAGGGUUCCAAGGGGUCUCCAGGAAUGAUACUUAUGAUGCCACCGGCGAGUCAAACGACCGGCUUUACACCGACUGGAACCGGAGCGGGUUUUGGGACGACCGGAGGUUCCGGAACUACCGGAGGUUCUGGGUUUACCGUUGGGGCCGGAAUUUUCACGGGUUUUGCACAAAACAAUGCACUGCUCAAUUUAUUAGGGAUCCAAAAUGCUGGAAUGAUACUUAUGAUGCCACCGGCGAGUCAAACGACCGGCUUUACACCGACUGGAACCGGAGCGGGUUUUGGGACGACCGGAGGUUCCGGAACUACCGGAGGUUCUGGGUUUACCGUUGGGGCCGGAAUUUUCACGGGUUUUGCACAAAACAAUGCACUGCUCAAUUUAUUAGGGAUCCAAAAUGCUGGAUUCCCCCUAUUCAGCAGAAUGCGAUCUGAGUCUAAGGGUAUCGCCAAAAAUGCUCAGAAUAUCAGGUCGUAUAGAACAGAAGGUGUGGCAUCAACAAUCACGUGGGCAAUAGGGUUUGUGGUGCUGGUGGUGGUGAUUGUUGUCAUCUGGAGAAGAGGAGCACGGACCAGGGAGACAUUACGCAAGGAAAUAUCUGAGUUAAGGGAAGACAUAGCCAACAAUGAGCUCGGCACAAAUGACAGUGACUGCAACGAAUCAAUAGUGUAG